UUAGUCAGACCACAUAGCCGUAAACCGGAUCCGACCAGCCAUUUUUACAGGCUUUUCUAUAUGAGUUUACAUCCCGGUAUAUGGGUAGUUUAUAACUCCCAUGUAAAGGCCCAAAACCAUGGUGCCUUGAUUCAACCUUGACCGUUGAUCAAAUUAAAUUGGUUUUGAACCAAAUGAAAGAAAGAAGGAAUGUGACUUACGAAAUUAUCGAGUUUGGUGCACACUCUUGCAUACGUUUGACUUUCGAAAUUCAAUAUUAGAAGCUCUUAUCUCAAUCCAUUACACCACCUCGGAUCAUUUAAUAUAAGGAUGAAGGAGAACAUGACUUUAUACAUCAGUCGUUUCCAGUUUUCACACACACACAUAUGGCCGGACGGCCCAAGAACGUAUCCUAUGAUCAACACAAAGAGUCAUCAAGACCCUCUCUCGUCUUCACCUAGAUGCUUUAGCGCACUAUAAGAUAUCAAUUAAAUAGUAAAUCACAUAUUCUUCAACCACCAAGAAAAGUAAAUUGAUUACGAUUUUCCUGUGGCGGACCAGAUGCCGGUAUAUGCCAGAUGUUCCAUUAUAAGAUGUCUCCCUUAUUAUAUGUCCAAUUAUUUGGGUCUAAUCUUUAACGAAUUUGUUGUUGGAUUGAUUACUCUAGAAAGUGUCUAUACUAAUUAGAGUUAAUUAAAUCUUUUCUAUUUACUUUAGCGAUCUUCAUUCAAACCAAAAAUCACAAAAGUUUUGACUUCAAUACUGAUUUCUUAUAACGGACCAAAUGCUCUCCUAGACACUCUACUAGAAUUAGACCAAAUGCUCUUUGGUGGGGCCAGAUGCUACACUAAACCGUUUGUUAUUAUGAUAUUACUCGCUUUAAGCCUUAACCUUCACAAAUUUGUUUUUGAGUCGGCUACUCUCAAAAAACUUCAUACUAAAUAAAAUUGGAACAAAUUUAAAUAUUAGGUUUCCUUUAGUUUAAUAUCCAGUGUGGAAUUUGGAUUGUCUAUUAGUAUUUACUAAGAAAUUUGAGUUCGUUUUAGUUGCUUUUUUGUCAUCAGUUCGUUUUAGUUGCUACAAAUAACGAAUCGGCUUCACCUUUUUUUUUUGUUAUUUGUUGGUUAAAGUUAUUCGUUGCAAUAUUGUAUGUAUAUUUACUACUUGCUUUUUGAAAAUGCUUUGCAACUAUCGUUCCUGACUCUGCAAAUUAAAAUAAGAGAGAAAGGUUAGCCUCCAAAAUAUCAUAAACAUUGAAGUUUGCGCACAUGCAUCGUCUAUAUAUAGAUAUGUCAUUCACUCUUCAUUGCCUAUGCUUUUGUAUAUCUCAUUACUCUCUUCCUCAGUUUCUCCUCUCAAUAUGAAAACCUUUGACACGAGCUCAGCGGUUGAAUCCGGUACCGUCGCCGGGAAUAACGUCGACGAUGAUGGUGGGGAGAAGAGAACGGGGACGUUGAUGACGGCGAGUGCGCACAUAAUCACGGCUGUGAUAGGUUCCGGAGUCUUGUCGUUGGCUUGGGCAAUAGCACAACUUGGUUGGGUGGCAGGGACAGUGCUUUUGGUAAGCUUUGCCGUCGUAGUUAAUUACACAUCCAGAAUGCUCGCCGACUGUUAUAGGUCUCCGGACGCAGGAACACGCAAUAAUACUUACAUGGACGUCGUUAGAGCUUACCUUGGCGGUAGGAAAGUGCAGCUAUGUGGACUAGCACAGUACGGGAGUCUAGUAGGGAUGACUAUUGGUUACACCAUCACUGCCUCCAUAAGCUUAGUAGCGAUUGGGAAAGCAAACUGUUUUCAUGACAAGGGACAUGGUGCGAAAUGUUUAGUAUCAAAUUAUCCAGCCAUGGCGGCAUUUGGAAUCAUCCAGAUUGUUCUAAGUCAGAUUCCUAAUUUUCACAAGCUCUCUUUUCUCUCCAUUAUCGCCGCGGUUAUGUCAUUCUCUUAUUCAUCUAUCGGAACUGGCUUAGCCUUGGCCGAUCUGGCAAGUGGGAAGGUUGGUAAGACGGAACUGACAGGCACGGUGGUUGGUGUGGACGUAACUGCGUCUGACAAGUUAUGGAAGUCAUUCCAAGCGGCUGGAAACAUUGCAUUUUCAUACGCUUAUUCCGUUGUUCUCGUUGAGAUUCAGGAUACACUGAGUUCAAGCCCACCAGAGAACAUAGUCAUGAAAAAAGCAAGUCUUGUCGGAGUCUCGACUGCAACUGCUUUCUACAUCUUAUGUGCUUGCAUGGGAUAUGCUACAUUUGGAAGCCAAGCCCCUGGAGACCUCCUUACUGACUUUGGUUUUUAUGAACCUUAUUGGCUCAUCGAUUUUGCCAAUGCUUGCAUCGCUGUCCACCUAAUCGGAGUCUAUCAGGUGAUUGCACAACCAAUUUUCCAGUUUGUUGAGAAGAAAUGCAACAAAGCAUGGCCAGAGAGCAAUUUCAUCACCAAAGAACAUUCGAUGAACAUACCAUUGCUUGGAAAAUGUCGCAUCAACUUCUUCAGACUGGUAUGGAGGACAAUCUAUGUGAUAUUCUCAACAGUUAUAGCAAUGAUAUUCCCCUUCUUCAACGCGGUCUUGGGCCUUAUCGGGGCAGUCGCAUUCUGGCCGCUAACAGUUUACUUCCCAGUGGAGAUGCACAUCUCGCAGAAAAAGAUUAAGAAGUAUACUAUGAGAUGGAUAGGGUUGAAACUCCUUGUAUUGGUUUGUUUGAUUGUUUCGCUCCUAGCUGCAGUAGGAUCCAUCGUCGGCUUGAUAAGUAGUGUCAAGGCAUACAAGCCUUUCCACAAUUUGGAUUAGUUACUUGUAACCUAAGCUAGUUGAAUACAUAGUUAAUAACGAACUAUGUACAAUGAGUAUGGAAGAACAAACGAAUACAUAGUUAAUGACGAGCUAUGUUUUUUUU